GAGCCGAGCCGAGCGGAGCCGGGCCAGGCAGGGGAGCGGGGGGGCGGCGCGGGGCUGUCUCGCUCUCCCGCCGCCGCCGUGCGCGCGGCACCAGGUGCUGGGGGCGGCCCCGGCGCGGCGCGGCGGGCGGAAGAUGGCGCGGGGCGGAUGGAAAUCCUCAUGACGGUGUCCAGGAUCGCCUCCGCCUGUAUCAUGGGCGCCAAUGCCUCGGCUUUAGAGAAAGAGAUUGGUCCAGAACAGUUUCCAGUCAACGAGCACUAUUUUGGUCUAGUUAAUUUUGGGAACACAUGCUACUGCAAUUCAGUUCUUCAGGCGCUUUAUUUUUGUCGCCCAUUUCGAGAAAAGGUUCUAGCAUACAAGAGUCAACCAAGGAAAAAAGAGAACCUUCUUACAUGCUUAGCUGACCUCUUCCACAGCAUAGCCACCCAGAAGAAAAAAGUUGGAGUAAUACCUCCAAAGAAAUUUAUAACAAGAUUACGAAAAGAAAAUGAGCUCUUUGACAAUUACAUGCAGCAGGAUGCACAUGAGUUUUUAAACUAUCUACUAAACACAAUUGCUGAUAUUUUGCAAGAGGAAAGAAAACAGGAAAAACAAAAUGGCCGCCUACCUAAUGGCAGUAUUGACAACGAAAACAACAACAGCACACCAGACCCAACCUGGGUUCAUGAGAUCUUUCAGGGAACAUUAACUAAUGAAACAAGAUGUCUUACUUGUGAAACUGUAAGCAGCAAAGAUGAAGAUUUUUUAGACCUUUCUGUUGAUGUGGAACAGAAUACAUCAAUUACUCACUGUUUAAGGGGUUUCAGCAAUACAGAAACUCUGUGCAGUGAAUACAAAUAUUACUGUGAAGAAUGUCGCAGUAAGCAGGAAGCACAUAAAAGGAUGAAAGUAAAAAAACUGCCUAUGAUUCUAGCUCUCCAUCUGAAAAGAUUUAAAUAUAUGGAUCAACUACAUCGAUAUACAAAACUCUCGUAUAGAGUAGUGUUUCCAUUAGAGCUUCGACUAUUUAACACCUCAGGAGAUGCCACCAAUCCUGAUAGGAUGUAUGACCUGGUUGCUGUGGUUGUUCAUUGUGGAAGCGGUCCUAACAGGGGACAUUAUAUUGCAAUAGUGAAGAGUCAUGAUUUUUGGCUGCUCUUUGAUGAUGAUAUUGUAGAGAAAAUUGAUGCACAAGCUAUUGAAGAAUUCUAUGGGUUGACAUCAGACAUCUCAAAGAACUCUGAAUCUGGUUAUAUCCUCUUCUAUCAGUCUCGCGAUUGAAUGGAACGUGUGGUGGAGAGAAAGGUGUUAUGCCUCAUUUCUUCUCUGGCUAUCGUGGAAUGGAGCAAGCACUGAUUUUUAAAAAUGGAAUGCAGGGAGCUCCAGGGGCAGUAGCGCAGUUUGCACACAACGAAGCAAAGAGUUUGGAUUUCUUUUUAAACCCUCCAUAUCACAUUAAUUUUAUUUGCUCAGGUAUCAUGCUGACUACACAAUCUACCACAGCUAUUAGAUGAAAAGAGAGAUACCAGCCAUUCUUGCAGGAGCAGCCUUCGGAUAGAUCACAACAGAAUUUCUCUCUUAAGGUCCUACUUCAAGGUCUGUUACAGUCAUUGGAAAGACUUCUCUGGAAUUUGGAUCAGGCUCUAAAUCUGGCAAUGCAAUAAGAGCAAUACAAGUAUAGUAUUUUAUACUGACUUACAGUGAAAGGGGGAGGAAUCUUUGUACAUUAAUUUGCUUGUGUUCAAUUUUGAAAGAAUGCAUGUCUGGUACCCCCUUCCCUUUCUCACCUAUCCUCCCACUGGGUUUUCUUAUGAAUACGAGAGAUAUUUGGGCCUAACACAAUUGCCUUCUUGAACGUAAUCAAUAUGCUGAAAACAUAAACUAGUGUCAGGGAGGCAAGAAUGUUUUGCUUCUCCUGAGAAGCUCCUAUAUAGUAAUAUAUACUUAUAAAGGCGGGAACAAUCAAUCAAAAUGUAUGGUUCUGAAUCUCCCUAUGGGAAAAGAUUGGUUUUAUAAUAAUAGUUUAUUUUUAUUUAUGAAUUACUGUUACUUCUAGGAUCUCGUGUAUUGUCCUUGGUUCUAACAAGUCUUGAAAAUAAUUUUAUAUAUUACUUUGAAUUAGAUUGAUUUUUUUUUUAAGUGUUUGUGUAUUUGAGAGAUGAUUUUAAAUUCUAAAAAUGAUGCCUAAAAUGUCUUCAAAGUUUGAAUAAAGACAAGAGGAGGACCUUUCAGGAGGACCUAGUAUCUAAAUAUUUAAUAUUAUUUGCUAAUAUUAAGUUCUUUAUUUUCGUUCUUAAAAAGUCAAGUGAUAAAACAAACUUUUGUGUAGUUGUUUGAAUGAAUGCUGAUUACAGGGCUGCUUAUCACAACAAUGUUGGUGCAAUGACGGUGUACCAGUAUUUACAGUUCUUUAAUAAUAAUGUUAAUGGUACAUACUUCUAAACAAUGUUAGGAAAACGUGGAUGAAAGUAAAUCAUUUUAAAAAUAGCUUUCCCUCCUCAAAAAAUUGAGCCACUUUGACUCCCAGAAACCUGGGUGCCUGUCUCAGAAAAUUCUCUAAAAAUGACAUGUUUUUGAGUAAUAAAUGACUUGAUUAUAUAAAAAAAAAGAUAAGUUCAUUAUUUUAAGGUUUUGAAAGUUGUUUGAAGUAACAUUUUAUCAAAUUAAAAAAUGUACCUUACUUUAGGGUUAUAAAUCAGCAUUAAGAUUUAAAUUUGGCACCACAAAAUACUUUGUGUAGUAAGAAAUAUGUAGACUAUUGUGACUUGACACUUUUUCCAUGCAUUAGUAUGUUGUCUGACAGUGGCUGAAUGUAAUUUCUGGAGAAUGGUGGAACACAUAUUCCAGUUUAUGGCAAUCAGGCCUUGGUUGUCUGUCUCACCCCUAUUCAGAUGCUAAUUUUUACUUUAUUGCAUUUUUAUUGUUAUUCUAUUGAUACUGUUAAAACUUUUAAAAGAAUGUCUCUUGUCUGCUGCUAUACCUAACAUUUUUACUUACCUGUAUCUUUUAGCUCAGGAAAUGACUUCACCUUUUCAUUCAGUUGAACUCAUCUUUAACAGGAUCACUAAGUAAAUUGGGAUAUUAUAACAAUUGUGGAAGAAAAAUCUUGGCAUAUUGUUAAACAUUGUUUUUAUAAAAUAUGAAGUUUGUAAAGCCUUGGCUUGGCUAGAAUUUUUUAUAUAAAUUAUGUAGCUUGACAAAACUACCAGCAUUGCAGUGAAAAACUUAACAAAUACUGAGGGGGGGAAAUGUAAUGGAUUUUACUUUCUUAAGGGCUUAUACCAAAUUAUUUUCAAAUCUACAGUUGUUUUUCCAGUGGAAAAAAGGGUGAGGGAAAAUCAGUUGGACCAUAGCGUGCUAGGAAGAUGAAGUCCCUUGCAUAAAGGUACAAGCAUUGUAAAACAAAUGUUGCAUUGUUUUUUUUAACUGACAAAUAUUUGUUUAGUCAUUUUACACUUUUAAAACUGUCUGUAAUUAAAAGCCAAGAUUAGUUGCUAUAUAUUUUAUACAGUGACUAAAGUUAAAGCAUUUUUCUUGUUUCGCUGAUAACCACAAGGUAUUUUGUUUUACUCUGCCAACCUUAUUUUUAUAAAAUGUUAACUUUAAUUUUGUAUAGGGUUUUUGAGAGAGUAUUCCAAAUGUUAUAUUUCAUUUUUCUUCUAGUGCAGCUGAAAAUAGAAGUAACUGCUUGAUAAAAUCCAUAUCAGAAACUGCAGCUUACUUGAAAAUAAAAGACAGGAAAGUACAAAUAAUAACUGAUAAAUAUAUAUAAAACAUUAUAGGAUUAUGUCUUGGUUGUAAUUACAUUGCGAAGUGUGGGGAAACUCUUCAGUUGUAAAUCAUGGAAAUAACUGCUGUGUAACUAUGUAAAUGUUAAUUGGGACCGCGGUCCCCUAUUUUGUAUAUUGGAGCAAAAACUUCUAUUAAAUAAAGUAUGUUCUCUAAAGGUAA